GCAGAGCAUUGCGAAGUUGACAGAGUGGAGCCCAGUCCCCAGAGACAGGCUGCGAGUUUCCACCGCAGGACCCUCUGGCUGGAGAGGAGCCUGGAAAGCAGAACUGCUCGACAGGUGUGGGUGCGCACGCUGAAAAUGCCACGCUCCUUCCUGGUGAAGAGCAAGAAGGCUCACACCUACCACCAGCCCCGUGUCCAGGAGGAUGAGCUGGCCUGGCCUCCUGCCCUCACCCCCAUGGCUAGGGACCCUGUCCUGAGCAACGUCCCUGUCCUCGAUGCCCUAUUUCCAAAUCAGUGCCUGGAACGGACCAACCUGAAGCGGGAGCCUAAUCCAGAGCCAGACCAGAGCUUGACCAGGAUGGCCUCAGCACCAGAAGGCCCCACUGUGAUGCCCCGAGCCCAGGACGAUGACUCUUCACCACCUGACUCCCCCCUGUUCUACAAGCCCAGCUUCUCCUGGGAUGCCCUGGCCUCAUCGUAUGGCCACAGCUACCGGCAGGCCCCCUCUACCAUGCAGUCUGCCUUCCUGGAGCACUCCGUCAGCCUAUACGGCAGCCCGCUAGUGCCCAGCACCGAGCCACCCUUGGACUUCAGCCUCCGCUACUCCCCAGGCAUGGAUGCAUAUCGCUGUGUCAAGUGCAAUAAGGUGUUCUCCACCCCACACGGGCUUGAAGUGCAUGUGCGCCGCUCCCAUAGCGGGACCCGGCCCUUCGCCUGUGACGUCUGCGGCAAAACCUUCGGCCACGCCGUGAGCCUGGAGCAGCACACGCAUGUCCACUCCCAGGGGAUCCCCGCCGGGUCCAGUCCUGCACUCAGCUUGGCACCCCCAGGCUGCGAGGCCCCGCCUGCGCCUCACCCCCCGGGGCCUCGUUUCCUCCGGCAGGAGCGUAGCUUCGAGUGCCGGAUGUGCGGCAAAGCCUUCAAGCGCUCGUCCACCCUGUCCACCCACCUGCUCAUCCACUCGGACACCCGGCCCUACCCCUGCCAGUUCUGCGGCAAGCGCUUCCAUCAGAAGUCGGACAUGAAGAAGCACACCUACAUCCACACUGGUGAGAAGCCACACAAAUGCCAGGUGUGUGGGAAGGCCUUCAGCCAGAGCUCCAACCUCAUCACCCACAGCCGGAAGCACACAGGCUUCAAGCCCUUCAGCUGUGAGCUGUGCACCAAGGGCUUCCAGCGCAAGGUGGACCUGCGGCGGCACCGUGAGAGCCAGCACAACCUCAAGUGAGAGUGUGCCCGCUCCCAGCUCUUGGUCAGCCUGCCCUGAUGUGCCACCACUUGGAGGCAGGCUGGGAAGGAGGACAGCUGUGUGUACCCAGAUCCCCAGGUUCCUGGAAGCAGCACUGUGCUGGGAGUCUUUGCGCUUGUUUUGAGGCCCACAAAUUUGCUGUGUGACCCUGGGCAAGUGACUUCUCCUCUCUGGACCAGCAUUUUUCCUGCCUGUAAAGUAUGGGAGCUGGACCGGGUCUCUUCUGAGCUGAAGUGUUCUCCAGGUCUAAGAGCUCUGGUGCCUUCUUCAGGGCAGAGCCCAGAAGAUCAGAGUAUCCCCAGGUGGAGAGGGGUGAAGCUGGGACCCACAGAGAUAUCCUUCUCCUGGCUGGGAUCUGGCCACCUUGGUGUUUAUAGGGCCUCUUUGUAGUUGCCAUGGAAGGCCAGAGCUGCCUCUUACCCCUGUGGGAAGCCGAGCACCUCUCUGCUUCAGCCAGGUGUGCUGGCUGCUCCCCACCUCUGCCUGGCGCUCAGGGAUUCCUGUUCUGUGCCAGCAGUGAGGCCAAAGAAGCCAGUAGUUAUUGCCGUGAGAAGCCUGUUCCUCUCAACUGCUAUAAAUAAAAAA